AGAAAUUAACAAAAGACAUAAGCAAAGCGAUAGCAGUAGUGGUGAGCAAGGCGUGUUGGGAAAAAGAUUGAAAGUUAUUUAAAUUGUCAUACCACUUUUUAAAAAAAUGCAACCGCAAAUAAUUCUCCUUAAGGAGGGAACUGAGAACAGCCAGGGCAAGCCCCAACUGAUCUCGAAUAUAAAUGCUUGCCAGGCCGUUGUGGAUGCAGUCAGAACAACACUUGGCCCAAGGGGAAUGGAUAAGUUAAUAGUAGACAAAAACGGAAAGUCCACCAUCUCAAAUGACGGUGCUACCAUUAUGAAAUUACUGGAUGUUGUUCAUCCCGCAGCAAAGACGCUUGUUGACAUAGCGAAGUCACAAGACGCCGAGGUUGGUGAUGGAACAACAAGUGUGGUUUUGCUGGCUGGUGAGUUUUUGAAACAGAUUAAACCAUUCGUAGAAGAAGGUGUACAUCCACGAAUUAUAAUAAAAGCUUUUCGUAAAGCUAUACAACUGGCAGUUGAUAAAAUCAAUUCUCUAGCUGUAAAGAUUGAUAAAAAAAAUGUAGCUGAACAUCGUUCAUUGCUAGAGAAAUGUGCAGCAACAGCCCUAAGUUCAAAGCUAAUAAGCCACCAAAAAGGAUUCUUUUCAAAAAUGGUCGUUGAUGCUGUUUUACUUUUGGAUGAGCUUUUACCGCUCAAUAUGAUUGGGAUCAAGAAGGUGACAGGAGGUGCAUUGGAGGAUUCGCUGUUGGUAGAAGGCGUUGCUUUCAAGAAAACAUUUUCAUACGCUGGUUUUGAAAUGCAGCCAAAGAAGUAUUCAAACCCCAAAAUUGCUCUGCUUAAUAUUGAACUGGAGCUCAAAGCUGAAAGGGACAAUGCUGAAAUCAGAGUGGAUAAUGUACAGGAAUAUCAGAAGGUGGUGGAUGCUGAAUGGAAAAUAUUGUAUGAAAAGUUGGAUUUAAUACACAAAAGUGGAGCAAAGGUAGUACUGUCUAAGCUACCCAUUGGUGAUGUUGCAACGCAGUACUUUGCUGACAGAGACAUGUUUUGUGCUGGACGAGUCCCAGAAGAGGAUCUGAAACGUACAAUGAAGGCUUGUGGAGGUUCCGUAAUGACAACUGCUCACGACUUGAAAGAUUCAGUUCUUGGCAGCUGCGAGUAUUUUGAAGAAAGACAAGUAGGCGGUGAAAGAUUUAACAUUUUUACUGGUUGCCCCAAUGCAAAGACUUGUACAAUUGUACUGAGGGGUGGUGCAGAACAGUUCAUGGAAGAGACUGAAAGAUCCCUUCAUGAUGCCAUUAUGAUAGUCCGGCGUACAAUAAAGAAUGAUGCUGUAGUUGCAGGUGGUGGUGCAAUCGAGAUGGAAUUGAGUCGAGCGUUACGUGACUACUCACGUACUAUUGCUGGAAAAGAACAAUUGCUGAUUGGCGCUAUUGCAAAGGCUCUGGAGGUUAUACCUAGACAGUUGUGUGAUAAUGCUGGAUUUGAUGCAACUAACAUUCUCAACAAACUGCGCCAGAAACAUGCACAAGGUAAUUGCUGGUAUGGUGUGGACAUCAACAAUGAAGACAUCAGUGAUAACUUUGAAGCAUGUGUCUGGGAGCCAGCUGUUGUCAAGAUUAACGCAUUAACAGCUGCAUGUGAAGCAGCUUGCCUUGUCUUAUCUGUAGAUGAAACCAUAAAAAAUCCUAAAUCAGGUGGUGGUGAUGCUCCUGCAGGCCGCGGCAUGGGUCGGCCAAUGUAAUUUCAAUCAUAAACUGACAGGAUCUGUGACAAUAAAGUGUGUGUUAUUUCAUAUCUGAUCAGGGCGGCAAAGAGGAAGUCAGAGUACUUGAUUAACAUGAAUUAAUGUGAAUCUGAUGGCCAUAAUUAUGCACACUAUUCUAAUCAGACUGAUCUUUUCUUUUUUUUUCCCCCCUCAUGUAACUAUCAGUGCGUUCUGCUGCUAAGUGUUUGAUCUAUGCAUUUCAUUAAAAAUAAAAUAAAGCUUAAGUAUAACCUCACAUUUUUGCAGUAGAAUGUUUCUAUUUAUUAAGUGUGCUGGUUGGAGGCCUUCUAUGUAUGCUAGUGAGCAAAACUUUUUUUAUGUUUUUGUUGUCAUAAUGAACUGUAAUUUGGACAUUUAACAUAAAGACUUCACACAUUUUUAAACUCA